AUGUCCGCAGAUCCUCACUCCCAGAAUGAUGGUGCUACCGGGACUCUCGGCUCCAAUGACGGUCUCCCGCCUACCGUUGCGACCUUCUCGCCCACCAAUAUAUCGGGUAAUUCAUUAACGUCCAAACAGAGGUCUACUAUCAUUGUUCACCGAAAGUCACCUCUCCUGGUAGCGACUCCUCCUGCAGUCACUCGUGCGCUAGCAUACUCUCAUCCGUUUCUUCUCCCUCUAAACCGGCUUGCAGGACUCUUAUCAUGGACCAGUGGAGAUCCGUGGGAAAGCUUUCUUCUGGUCGGUGCCUUUUGGGCUGUUACUCUACACGGUAGUGCCAUAAUAUUAUGGGGAGGACCAAUUCUAGUGGUUGUCGCUUUGAUGCUGGGGCUUUACUCUAGACGGUACUCCCCUCUAUCAUCCACUGGCUUUACUGGGGAGAAACAUAGAAGAGAGGGCUCGGACGGAUCAUCUAGGCCUCACAAAACUCUGGAUGAAAUCGUGGAGACAUUAAGGGAGUUCACAACAAGGUGUAAUAUCUUGCUUGAGCCUCUACGCGAUCUCACCGAUUUUCUUUCUACGCAGCGAACUGCAACUUCGACUACAACCAGGCCUGCCCUAACAGCAUUACUUACUCGGAUAAUCCUCAUUACACCUAUUUGGAUUCUACUUACCCUUCACCCCAUAUACCUCAUCACUAUCAAAAGAGUUGUCAUAACUGUCGGUACCAUCAUCCUGACAUGGCAUUCCAAGCCCGCGCGCAUUUUUCGAGUUUUACUCUGGCGGUCAUUGACAAUUCGGCGUAUCUGCUCAACUAUUACCGGCCUGCAAUUUUCAUCAUUACAGCAUAGUGGCGAUCAAUCAUCCAAUUCUUUCACUAAAUCCUCGCUGCUGUCCUUGACGCCUUUCCGCUCCAAGCAACCCUCACAGCACGGCUCAACAAAGCGUCGCGCAAAUUCAUCGGGUGUGCGGUUCACAUUCAUUGUAUAUGAGAACCAAAGACGGUGGUUGGGUAUUGGGUGGACUUACUCUUUGUUUGCAUACGAGAGGCCAGCAUGGUCGGAUGAGCACCUGAAUCCGGUGCCUCCGAAGGAUGAAUUCGAACUUCCGGAAGUUCAGGGCAGCAACUCGAAGUGGAGGUGGGUUGAGGGGAGCGAAUGGCGUAUUGAUGGCUCAUCAGAUCCGUCGGCGAAGAAAAAGGGUAAAGGGGGUAAAAAUAAUGAUAAUAAAGACGACAGUGGAUGGAUCUACUAUGAUAAUAAGGUAUUUACUUUUCACCUACAGCUUGUCGAAAUAUCCCCUGAGGGGGAGACGAUAGAAACACCAUCAAAUACAGCAGCAGAUAAUGAAAGUAAGGGUAAGGGUGAUAGCGGGAAGGACAGUAACUCAGGAGAUGACAAGAACAGCAUCAAAGCCCGCAAAAGACGAUGGUUCGGUAGCACCGACUUGAAAGGGUUCUCGGCCGUUGAACCUGAGCCUUCUAGCUCGACUCAGCCUAUCAAUGCCGAAUCAACAUCAGCUUCCUUGUCAAUGGUAGGGUCAAGUCUACCCAAGGCGUUGAGUGUCUCUAGUGGCCGCAGCUCAAACAACACUAAUGGGUCGAUACGGGCUCGAAGCAAACGGCCUGCCAGCAUCCACACAGACGGUGACAGAAAAAGCCAAACCUCUAGCAUUCGUGAUAGAGAAAUUGAAGAAGCUGAAAACAUGCCUGACAAGUGGGGAAGCCAAUCUGGCAAUGCAGCAGAGAGAGCGGGCAGAGGCUGGGGACUGGGAGAUGACGCCCAUAUGAGCUUAAGCUGA